AUGUUGUACGAGCUAAUUGCCAUUGUCCGCCCGGGCAGCCUCAGCGAGGUUCGGGAGAUUGCCCGUAACGCCGGUGCCCAAGUUAUCCGCUCCGGCGGUGUUGUUCGGGGCUUCACCAACUGGGGCACUUUCCGCCUCCCCAAGGUCACCACCAAGCACCAGGCUCGAUACAGCGAGGGCCACCACUUCAUUAUGCGUUUCGACUCCUCCGGUCCCGUCCAAUCAUCUAUCCGUCGCACUCUCGGUCUUGAUCCGCGUAUGAUCAACUUCUCGGUCGUCAAGCUGGGUGACAAGCUCCCUGAGAUCAAGGAUGUCGAGGGCAAGGUCCAGUGGAACAACACCCGCAACAUCAGCGAUUCCAUCUAA